AUGCUGGAGCUGGCCUUCUUCAGCGAAUCUAUGGGUUAUGUGUCCAUCGCCUGUUGGUUAGGCGCUCAAUUCCCACAGGUUCUCGAAAACAUACGUAGACAAUCGGUCGAGGGGCUCGCCCUCCCAUUCCUCGCGAACUGGCUCCUUGGCGACUUGACGAAUUUGAUCGGAUGCAUCCUCACAAGUCAACUUCCCUUUCAGAAAUGGCUCGCGACCUACUUCUGUUUUGUCGAUUUAAUGCUGAUCAGUCAAUACUUCUAUUACCGAAAAAAUUCGCUGUCUACUCCAUCCCGGUUUAUACGUUCGCGUUCCCGCACGAUCUCGUCUAUUAGGGGCGGCCGCGUUUCUAUCGACACAGGUGCCCCACACUAUCGCACGCUCUCAAACGUAGCUGCCCAUGCGGCAGCGGCAGCGGCACUUGCAGCACAGGCUGAAGAUGCCCGUGCAGUCUCACCGAUACGCACGCGAUGGCCCCGUCAUAGCGCUGAAGCGCCUCUUGACACAGUGGAUCAUCAGACCGAUAGAGACCGGGAAGAUGAAGAUGAAGUAGACGAGGAAGCACUCGCCGCCUUGGCCGAUAGUUUUCACUCGGAAAGUGGUCGCUCUAGCAGGCUCAAACGUGUCUCCUGGAACAAAGGACCCUUUGCAUCUCUAGGAAGAAAUAGUCGACAAUCGACAAUUUCUCCGUUGCCGCCGCACCAUCUCCAAAUCACGUCGCCACUUGACGAGCUUGAGACACUUUCUCGAGGCCGACCAUUGCAACGUGCUGAAGGCGUCAGCAGUGCAGAAGAGGGCGAUGAACAGAGACGUGCUGAAGAUGAGAGUCAGCGGCGAAGGAGCUCCCGAGCGAGUAAACGGAAUGCAAGUAUUGUGUUCAUGGGUGCGUGGGCGCUAUUUGGCAUUGGCACGUUGGUGGGCACCAAGAGAGGGUUUCUCAAUGCGAGCGACGUCCGUGUAGGGCAUGUGCUGUCCGACGGAGAGGUAAGAGUGCCUGCUGCCAUGCCGUCCGUCUCCUCUGUGCCAGAUAUCGGGGCAGCGCCAUCGUUCAUGUCAUCCGUCGCCUCGCUGGAUUUUGAGAAUCCUUCUUCCUAUGAUUAUCAUGAAUAUCACCCUCCGAAGGACCAUGUCUCGUGGGAGCGUAUCACUGGUCGCAUCUCUGCCUGGAUGUGUACAACAUUGUAUCUGACCUCGCGACUGCCCCAAAUCUGGAAGAACUACGUUAGAAAGUCUGUUGAGGGUCUCUCGAUGUAUCUGUUCAUCUUUGCCUUCUUGGGAAAUUUCUUCUAUGUCCUAUCUAUAUUGUCAUCACCUAAUAUGCUCAAAUCGCCUGCCGAGGCAUCUGCAUACUUCAAGGAGAGCUUACCAUACCUCCUCGGCAGCGGAGGCACGUUGAUGUUCGAUGUUACAAUUGUUACCCAAUCGCUAUUCUAUCGCCACCGACCCCCACUGCAUCUUCGUGGGCGACGGAGUUCUGUUCGUGCUCGAAACCACAUGGAGGAGGAGGAGGAGGGUUUAUUGGGCGCAGGCGCUAGCGGUGCGGGGGACCCGACUACACCCUCGCGUCGACGGCUAGUGGAAGGGGAGCCAUCAUUAGAAAGUUGA